AUGAUUAAGUUGUAGUUUGGAUAGUGAGUUAAGUUACACAAAUUAAUUGGGGUCUUGCUUUUCCAUUGUCUAUCCUUCCCAAUCUAAACUGGAAGACGCUUAAUUAGCGAAGCCAAGUAUUGGAUAUGGCUUCCACCAGCAAUAUUCAAACAACCCCAUCAUCUCCUUCCUCUUUUUCCAAACCCCAAUGGAAAUAUGAUGUUUUCCUCAGUUUCAGAGGUGAAACCCGCGAUACAUUUACCAGCCAUCUAUGCAAUGAGUUGCGUGAUAAAUUGAUCUACACCUUUAUGGAUGAUGUGAGAUUGGAGAUCGGCAAACCCAUUAAGAAGGAACUCUUGGAUGCAAUCGAGGAGUCAAGAAUGGCGGUCAUCGUUAUUUCGAAAGAGUAUGCAUCAUCCACAUGGUGCUUAGAAGAACUUGCAAAGAUUCUUGAAUGCAAGAAAGAUAGAGAGAUGAAUGUUUUGCCCAUUUUCUAUCAUGUAGAUCCAAGUUAUGUGCGCAAACAGGAGGGCACCUUUAGAGAUGCCUUUGCUGAACACGAAAAAAAUCCAGAGAACAAAGACAAGGUGAAAACUUGGAGAAAUGCUUUGAAAGAAGUAGCCAAUCUUGCAGGAAUACAUUUGAAGAGCGGGGAUGAGUCUAAGUUUAUCAAAAGCAUUGUUAAAAGCAUAUCUAGUGAAUUGAGCAACACCCGCCCAAGUGUUCAUGUACUGGACAACCUUGUUGGGAUGGACUCUCGUGUUAAGGAAAUGUAUUUGCAUUUAGGUAUUGGAAUGGAUGAUGUUCGCUUUAUAGGGAUAUGCGGGAUGAGUGGAAUGGGAAAGACAACUCUUGCACGAGUUGUUUUUCAAAAGUUCAAUCAUCUAUUCCGAGCUAGAAGCUUUCUUGAAAAUGUUAGUUUGGUUUCUAAAAUAAAAGGUCUAGUUGUUUUGCAAGAAAAUAUCCUUUCUGAUAUGAAGUUGAAGGAUGAUCAAGAGAAAUGGGAUGUGCUGAAGGGAAUUGAUGUGAUAAGGAAUAGAUUACGUUACACAAAAGUUCUUAUUGUUCUUGAUGAUGUGGAUGAAAAGGAACAAUUAGAAAGAUUAGCUGGAAACUCUAAUUGGUUUGGACCAGGGAGUAGAAUCAUUGUGACCACUAAAGAUGAACAUUUGUUAACAAGACAUGGAGUGCAAAUUAUAUAUCGGAAUAAAGGACUACACCAAAAAGAGGCUUUACAGCUUUUUAGUCAGGAAGCCUUUUGUAACCCUGGUCAAUGUGAAGAUCCUCAAGACCUUUUGGAUCUAUGCAACGACUAUGUGAGUUAUGCCGACGGCCAUCCUUUAACUCUUAAAGUUUUGGGUUCCUCCCUAUUGGGAAAAAGAAAAGAUGUAUGGAAAAGUUCGCUGGAUAGAUUACAAGUACUUCCUAAUAGAGAUAUUCAAGAGAAACUCAAAAUAGGUUUUGAUGCAUUGGGGGAUACGGAGAAAAAAAUGUUUUUAGAUAUUGCAUGUUUCUUCAAUGGGGAAGACAAACAUCGAGUAGUAGAUUUAUUGGAAGGUACUUCUGAUUGCUUCCCAGCCGUUGAUAUAGACACUCUUGUUGACAAAUCUCUUCUCACUAUUUCGGGGAGAAAAUUGUGGAUGCAUAGUUUACUACAAAGAAUGGGUUGGGAAAUUGUUCGCUGUGAAUACCCUCAACAACCUGGAGAACGUAGUAGAUUAUGGCGUCAUGAUGAGAUCCUUGAAGUUCUACGGGAAAAUUCUGGAACAUAUAGAGUCCAAGGCAUAAUGUUAAGUACCUCGUCUCCACACCAAGAAGAAGUCUUGAAUCCUGAAGCCUUUUCCAAUAUGAAAAAACUUAGAUUAAUUAAAAUAUGUGAUGUGAACUUUCCACGGGGCCUCAAUUCUCUCUCUAAUGGGUUACGACUAAUGGAAUGGCAUGAAUAUCCUUUGGGGUCCAUACCAGAGAGUUUUCAACCAAGCAAUCUUGUUGAGCUCAUUAUGCAUCGCAGCAGCUUUCUGCAAUUACCAAUGGCUUUUCUUAAUUUAAACAAGUUGAAAGUCAUGGACUUUAGUGGCUCUGAAAACUUGUUGAUGACUCCUGACUUCUCUGGAUGCUCAAGUCUUCAAAGGUUAAUUUUUGAAGGUUGCACAAGAUUAUACGAAGUUCACCCAUCUAUUGCAGCUCUCAAUCAGCUUAUUCUAUUAAAUCUCAAAGAUUGCAAAUGUCUGCGUGGCCUUCCGCAUGAGAUCAACUUGGAAUCAUUGAAUAUUUUGAUCUUAUCGGGUUGUUCAAGAUUCGAUAAGUUUCCAGAGAUUGGGCAAAAUAUGAAGCAUUUGUUAGAGCUUUAUUUGGAUGGGACUGCCAUUGAGGAACUCCCAUUAUCAAUUCAACAUCUAAGCAGCCUGACAUUACUAAAUCUUAAAGGGUGCAAGAGGCUUUUGAUUUUUCCAAGUGUCAUUUGUUUUUUACCUGCUCUUAAAAUUCUUACUCUCUCUGGAUGUAAAGGUCAACCUCCUACCCCUGUUUUAUUUUCAAUUGGUGCACCCCUCACCUUGUCGUUGCCUAGCUUGUUUUCAGGGUUAACAUCUUUAGUAGCUCUCGAUCUAAGUGACUGCAAUCUUUUGGAUGGAGCACUCCCUGAUGAUCUUAGUGGCUUAUCCUCCUUGGAGUCUCUGAAUUUGAAAAGAAACAAUUUUACGUACUUGCCACAGAGCAUUUCUCAGCUUGCAAAGCUUAAAUUUCUUUAUUUGGAUAAUUGUAGCAGGCUUCAGUUAUUGCCAAAUCUUCCCUCAACUACACAAUUUGUAAUGGCUCGAGAAUGUACUUCACUCCAAAAUUAUUCCAAUCAAGUUGUAGUGUCGACUUCAGGUGGAGGAGAAUUCACUGUUAUGAACUGCCUUAGCUUGGCUGGUCGUGAAGAAGACAUUCUCAGUGAGGUUUCUUUGCUAGAUACACACUUUCAACCACUAUGGAUGGAGGAGCAAAUUCAUCAAAAUGAAGAAUAUCAUAGCAUUCCUCUGACUGCAAUUCCAAAGUGGUUCAAUCAAAAAGAUGGGUCAUCUAUAUCGAUCCCUUUACCAUACAAUCUCUCUAAAGAUGGUAGUUGGAGAGGAAUUGUGUUGCAUACAGUGCUAGGUACUAAUGUGCACGGUCCUAGAGAUAAAACUUUGGCUGAUGCCUUGAAUAAUGUUCACGAGUUGAUAUGUAGCUUGGACAUAGAUGGAGGUCUUGCAACUUGUUCCGUAGUCCUCCCUAAAUACCAAUGCAGCCAAGAUGAUUCAUUUGCACUUUACCUUUAUUUAUCGCAUGCAAGGUUUAGGAACCAACUAGACCAACGCAACUGCAUCACCGCUCGAUUUAAAUCCAAUAGCUUGCCCAGUGUUGUGAUCAAAUGUUGUGGCGCUCGUAUUCUCUAUGAGCAAGAUAUGACAGUGUUCGUACAAAUCUUAAGCCAGAAAAAUUUGGGAUGGAUUCCUCCAAUACUUCUAGAAUGGUCCCGCAUGAUUCCGAAAGUCACUCACGAUAAAUUCUAUGCAACUGACUCGCGGGAGUUUCAUCCCUCGACUAGGUAUAGUUUUUGUUUCCCUCUGAGUAAAGUUCAAGACUGGUUCACUCAUCAAAGCUGUGGGCACUCGGUGGCAGUUGACAUAUCCCCAAGAUUAUAUAGUACUAAUAGUAAUUGGAUGGGACUUGUUCUAUAUGCUUGUUUUUCAUUCUGCAGGGACUUAGAAAUCCUCGAAAAUGUUCAAUUUCGAAUGCAUACAUUAAGUGGCCGGGAUGAUUAUGUCCUUUCUUGCCACAUCAGUAUACAUGAAAUCAAGCAGUUUAUUUCUCAAGAUGGCUUCUGUUGGAUAGCCUACAUGCCAGGUGAGGAAUUGAUGCAAAACUUAGGUAUCCAACACCGUGGAGAUUAUAUGACAAUGUUGCCCCGGUGCAGCCACAUUGCAGCUUCAUUUGAGAGUGAUUGUCCUAUCAUUACAAUGGAGAAAUGUGGACUUCGUCUUUUGUACCAGCAUGAUCAAGCACAAUUCGAGCAAGAACUAAAACAUUGCAAUGACUUGCUUUCCAAGUACCGAGAUUCCACGGGUCCUUUCAUGGCCGACCUGGAAAGAAGAAAUGAAACAAGUACAGUACCUGAUGAUGAGGUAUGCCGACUAGGAGGAACUGUUCACUCUAAUAAGGACCUCCAAAUUGAAAUAUCGAUAAGGCCCAUUCUUUGUCAGGGAGAAACUAAUUACACUCGGGACAGAUCUCUUUAUGGGAACACCCAAAUAAAACAGAAUGGUGUAUAUGAUAGGUGUUAUCCUCCAAGCAAAAUUUUAGAGUGGUUCACCCAUCGGAGUGAAGACUCCCCUGUGACAAUCCCUCUACCUCCAAAUGAUCGUAAUUCUUGGAUUGGACUUGCUCUUUGUGCUUCUUUUUCAGUGCCAGGCCAUUUGAGUAACGUUGCUCUGGGAUCUCGACUUCCUUCCAACCUCAUUUGUCAUCUAGAAAUAGAUAUUGACACUACGGAAUAUUUCCAUAACUAUUGCCUCACUGAACAUAAUGAUCUCAAGUUGUUGUUAAAGCUUGGUGGAUUCAUCUGGCUGUCUUAUAUACCACGUCGGUUGUUUCCAGGUGUUUCGGAUGAAUGCAGUUGGAUUGAUGCAUCUAUCUCAACCGAUUGCUCAGGCAGCUUGAUAGUGCAGAAGUGUGGGUUCCGUCUUUUAUACAAUGAAGACGAGCUAAAUGAUCAGUUUCAGGAAAUAGAAAAGCAUUGCUGGGUCUCGUAUAAGAACAAGGAUGUUUGGCAAAAAUUACGUUGACCCCAAAGAACUCUGAGGAUGCAUUGACCCCAUCAAAGUAUCCAAUAAUAAAAUCUUUCAAUC